AUGCCGAAACGAGUCGUAUACACGAAAAUCACACCACUUCCGUACAAUGUCCCGCGACAGCUUGCGAUCGAACUCUUGCACUCGCAUUCCGAGGUCAUUGAGCUGAAUCCACUCGUAACGGGCGUCAAAGAGAUUCAAGCACCACGCGACGCGAACAGUGAAGAGUACUUUUCCACCUGGUAUGAGAUCCAAGAGAUUAUUACCUGGGGGUUUGGGUUCCGCAAGAAGAUCAACUUCAAGGGUUGUUUCCAUGAUCAGCCAUGGGGACUGCAAUCGCAUGUGUAUGCGCCCAUGGGAGUGGACCUCCGGAACAAAUAUCGAAUCGGUGGGAACCAACCAGGCGAGCCUCGCGAACCGAGAGAGUUGGGAGUCGACACACCCGCCGAGGGAUUGUAUUUGAGGGAAGAUGUGGAGAUUGUAUGCAACAUGGCUUUGGCCGGCUUCGUCAAGAAGGAGACGAUUGAGGCGACGGGAAAGAUGAUUGAACGAUUGGCGAGAAAGGCGGAACUACUCGAUGAGGGAAGAUUACACGCCAUGUUUGAGAAUGGCAAGCUGAGAACUGCCAAACCGAGUGGCUUCAACGAGGAUGAAAGACUCGGCGGGAGCACAAAUGGGAGCACUCCACCGGCCAGUCCGGGCUCGAGUGUCUCGAACAUGAACCUGGGCCCGAAAUUGGAUCAAAAGGGUUAUGGAAAAUACCACGAUGUUGCGCGGACAGCGAGUCACUCCCGACCCAACAGCUACCAGGGGAAUCUGUACUCCCCACCCUACCAACAGCAAGGAUACAACGGUCCGGAUACAAGCAAUGCUCGACCUACCAACAUGCCGAUGAUCAUGGAACUUCAAGGCUCCGAUACUCCUCCCAACCUCUCACUAAACAACCCACAAGGACAAGUCUUUCGAUCUGAACUCCCAGGAGACACGGAAUUCACCACCCAAGCUCCAUCUCCACGUUAUUCCCAAUCACAAGCAGUCGCAGGAGUAGCAGUAACGACAGGAGAAGAUACCAAAGUCCCCACACAACAAUACCAAGCAUACGUCCCUCCCCCAGAAAUCCCAGCCCGCUCCGCCCAACGCAACUCCUUCAUCUACACCGCAGCUAACAACAACAACACCACCAUCUCCGACUGGCAACGAAAUACCCUCUCAGCAAUGGGAAACCAGCCCCAUAAUGGCGACGACAUGUCCAGUCAGUAUACCGAAAGUUCGACAGUUAGUGGGGGAAGAGACUCGAUGAUGACCGGAGUCACAACACCCGAACCUCCUCCUUCCACCGCCAAAUUCGCCACCUCGGCAUCGUCGUCCAUCAUGACUAGGUGUCCAGUCUGCGAUCUUUUCGAGGGCGAUGAGGCGGCUGUUACUCAUCAUGUUUCGAAAUCUCACUUUGGCUGA